AUGAACCCUAGUAAAGGCAAAUUAUAAAAAAAGAAAAUGAGUCUAAAACCUUAUGUUUAUCCAAGAUGUUAUGAUAUAUAUGAAACAUUUGAGAAGGAAGUGAUCAAAAAUACAAAAUUUUUCAACUCUAAUUUGAAGGCAUCUCGAAGAUAAACCAUGGCUGAAACUUGUAGGGAUUCAGAUGAACAAGGACAAGAUAACAAUUUAUCAUCAAGGUAAAACAAAUUCGAGGAUGAAUACAAAACUAGAUUGAGUUUGUAUUCAAGGUUAAACAGGCUCAAGUCCUAUAUUAGUGACAGAUCAAAACAAAAUUCUAUCACUGAUAGAAUCUCAGGGGAGGCUGAGUAAAUUGGCUUGUCAAAAAGCCUAAUCUGUUCUCACAACUCUCAGAAUUCAUAUUAAAGGUUGAAAAAACUGUAUUAAACAGAGGUAAAAUUCUGUGCUUUGUCUGCUGAAAGAAAUUCAGAUUGCAAUUAAACCAAUAUCUCUAAAUCUAAGGUUUAAGGGAAAAAAAGAGCCUCAGUUUAAUUAAUGGAUGCAACAAACUUCCAUAAUUGUUCAAUAAAUGAAAAUUAACUUUAAGAAAAAAAUGGCUCGGAAGAUUAUAAUAAUUAAAAUAAAUCUUCAAGAGCAAAUAGUUUUCAAAGAGCCAAUUCAUCAAAAAAAAAAUAGACUAAUGUAAUUUUUAGGAAUAAAACUAACAAAUUGAAUUUUAGUCUUUUUACUAAACUCUAGUAACUUAAGCAAAAAAAACAAGAUUAACGAUUGUCAUUUAUGGUUUUUGCCGAUUAUUAAUAUUUUUGA